AUGAUUUCCUUUUACGAUGUUGAUGACGGGAGAUUCGGAGACAGACUUCUGCUGGACAAUCAGACGGGAUCCUUGAGCAUCAGUGACAUCAGGACCAAACUGUCUGGAGACUAUCAGCUCAGGAUCAUCAGCAGCGAGACCUCGUACAAGUCAUUCAGUCUGACUGUCCAUGAUGUGUUUUUUGCUGGUUUAACAAACACGAAAGAGGGAGACUCCAUCACUCUUCAUACUGGUGUUCAUAAAAUACAGAAACAUGAUGUGAUUCUGUGGAUGUUCGGACAGUUGAGUCCAGACACGUUUAUAGCUGAAAUCAACACAACACUGGGUCAGAUCUCCUAUAGUGAAGAUGUGAGACUGAGAGAGCGAGUACGGCUGGACGAUCAGUCUGGAUCUCUGACCAUCAGAAACAGCAGAAGCACAGAUACAGGGCUUUAUCAGCUGCAGAUCACCAACAGCAAAGAGACCUUCUACAAGAGAUACAAUGUGUUUGUCGAUGCUCCUGAUCCAGGUCUGUCUUCAGGUGUUUUAGCACUGAUCUGUGUUAUUGUGCUGAUGAUGUUAGCUGCAGCUGUAAUCGCUGGAGUGUGUUAUUCUCGCCGCAAGUAUUCUCCACUGAAGGAUUCAGUCACUCUACACACUGGUAUAACUGAACCACAGAGAUAUGAUCAAAUACUCUGGAGUUUUGGACCUCGAGGCUCUGUCAUCGCUCAGAUUCCUGAAAGGACCAGUAACACUUCAUUCAGGGAUAUCGAGAGAUUCAGAGGCCGACUGCAGCUGGACAGUGAGACUGGAGAUCUGACCAUCAGAGAUGUGAAAAUCACACAUUCAGGAGACUAUCAGCUGAAGCUCAUCAAAGCAAGACAAACCAAAUCCAGAAGAUUCAAGCUUAUUCUCUCUGUGGACUCGCUGCCAUUCUCGGAGGGAGAAAACGUCUCUCUAAACUCCGGUGUUAGUGAACUACAGAGAGAUGAUCAGGUUCUCUGGACGUUUGGAUCUGAAGACACUGUUAUAGCUAAAAGAGACCGAAACACCACUCAGACAGCCGAUGCUGAUGGGAGAUUUGGAGACAGACUGCAGAUGGAUAAACAGACCGGAUCUCUCAGUAUCACGAACACCAAAAGCACAGACUCCGGAGUUUAUCACAUAAAAAUCAGCAGCAGAAAUAAAGUCUCAUACAAGAAGUUUAGAGUUACAGUAUGGUUGGACACAGUUAAAGUGAGAGCGGGAGACUCGGUCACUCUAAACACAGGAAUGACUGAACUAGAGGAGGACAGUAAGAUACUGUGGACACAUGGAGAUCACGAAACCUGCAUUGCUAAAAUCAACAGAGCCACCAAUAAGACGUCAUUGUAUCGUGGUAAUGAUGUGAGAUUCAGAGACAGACUGCAGCUGGAUCACCAGACCGGAUCUCUGAGCAUCUGGAACAUCAGCAUCACACAUUCAGAUGUCUAUAAACUACAGAUCAGCAGCCGCACACGGAGCAAAUGCAAAAGAUUUGUGCUUAUUGUCAAUGAAAACACUGUGUCAGUGACGGAGGGAGACCGAGCCGAACUAAACACUGAUGUUAGUGAGCUACAGAGAGACACUCUGAUCCUGUGGAUGUUCGGCCCCAGAGACCGUCUCAUAGCUAAAGCUGACCUGGAGAACCGUAAGAUAUCGACAUAUGAUGGUGUUGGUGGACGAUUCAGAGACAGACUGCAGCUGGACCUUCAGACCGGAUCUCUGAGCAUCACAAGCACCACGAACACAGACUCUGGACUUUAUAAACUCAAGAUCAUCAGCAGCAGAGAGACCAGAUACAAGCGAUUCAGAGUUACUGUCUGUGAGGACAGAGAGAGAGAGAUCCAUCCAGAAGACACUGUGGAGUCCACUCAGAGAGAGAAAACAGAGGAGAUACCAUUGCUCAAGAUCUAUAGUGGCACUAGUGUUUGACAGAUAUAUAUAAUUUUAUCAGUAAUGGAACUAAAUCUAAUUGUUAAAAAUAAAAACUCUGCUUUCAAGCUCCUCAAUCUGUUGUUUUCUUCAGGUGAAGGAGUUUUUCAUAGAAAUAACCUCAUCUCAUGUAUUCAUUUCUCUCCAUUGCGUUUC